AUGGAAAAAUAUGAGAACCUAGGAUUGGUUGGAGAAGGGAGCUAUGGACAGGUGAUGAAAUGUAGGAAUAAAGAUAGUGGAAGAAUUGUGGCCAUCAAGAAGUUCUUAGAAAGUGAUGAUGACAAAAUGGUUAAGAAAAUUGCUAUGCGAGAAAUCAAGCUAUUAAAGCAACUGAGGCAUGACAAUCUGGUGAAUCUGUUGGAAGUGUGCAAGAAGAAAAAACGAUGGUACUUAGUUUUUGAAUUUGUUGACCACACAAUUCUUGAUGACUUGGAACUCUUCCCAAAUGGAUUAGAUUGCCAAAUAGUUCAAAAGUAUUUGUUUCAAAUUAUUAAUGGAAUUGGAUUUUGCCACAGUCAUAAUAUCAUACACAGAGAUAUAAAGCCCGAGAAUAUAUUAGUCUCCCAGUCUGGUGUUGUCAAGUUAUGUGACUUUGGAUUUGCCCGGACAUUGGCAGCUCCUGGAGAGGUUUAUACUGAUUAUGUGGCCACCCGAUGGUACAGAGCUCCAGAACUAUUGGUUGGUGAUGUCAAGUAUGGUAAUUUAAUUCCAAGACAUCAGGAACUAUUUUAUAAAAAUCCUGUGUUUGCUGGCGUAAGGUUGCCUGAAAUCAAAGAAACUGAACCUCUUGAAAAACGCUAUCCCAGGCUUUCUGAAGUAGUGAUUGAUUUAGCAAAGAAAUGCUUACAUAGUGAUCCAGACAAAAGGCCCUUCUGUGCUGAGUUGCUGCACCAUGAUUUCUUUCGUAUGGAUGGAUUUGCUGAGAGGUUUUCUCAGGAACUACAGUUGAAAGUACAGAAAGAUGCGAGAAAUGUUUCUUUAUCUAAAAAAUCCCAAAACAGGAAGAAGGAAAUGGAAAAAGAUAAUUCUUUAGGUGAAGAAAGAAAGACACUUAUGGUUCAGGAUACCAAUGCUGAUACCAAAAUUAAGGGUCCAAAAGCAUUUACAAUAAAGGGAUCAAAAAUCGAUGGAGAAAAAGUUGAAAAAGGCAUUCGAGCUUCACAUGUCAACUGCCUCCAUGACAGUGGAACAAGUCACAUCAAAACAGUGCCUUCAACAAGCCUCAAAGACUGCAACAAUGGCAGCGUGGAUCACACUAGGAAUCCAGGCCUGGCCAUUCCCCCACUUACGUACAAUCUUUCGACUGUGGCUUCUGAUGUUAAUUCUGGAGUGGGAACGAUCCCAGGAUGUCAGAGUUACAGAGUGGAUGAGAAAACCAAGAAGUAUUAUAUUCCAUUUGUUAAACCAAGUAAACAUUCCCCAUCAGGCAUUUUUAAUAUUAAUGUGACCACAUCAGUUUCCAGUGAAAAGAACCUCCUUCAUGCAAAUAAGAAAAGGAGGGACAAAGAAGGGACAAAAACAGAUGUCCGUUUGCCUGAACUAAAUUACAAUCAUCUUCCUGAAUUGAGAGCCUUGGAAGGCAUAGCUCGAAAUUCCAGGCUAAUAAGGAAAGAGAACAAAAUGCUUUCAGAAUCUCGAAUUCCGUCUCUAGCUGCAAUUGACCUUCACGGCCCCAGUGUUGCAUUGCAUCAGGAACCCCUUUUUCUUGGUUCCUGUGACUGGAAAGAUGUAGUGUCUGUUACAGUUUUUGCCCUUUGUACUUCGUCGCCGUUCUGUGACUAG